AUGGUCCUCGCCGCCCUCGCACCCGCGGUCCCAGACGAUGCGGUCAGAGCUGCAAUGCACUCUCCAUCACGUCUGAAGCUGAUGGCGACGAUGGCGAGUACGUUUACGGACAUGCCGGAACUCCGAGAUGUGCAGUCUGUGACCGCGUUUUCUCCACAUGUGCGCACAUACCCGGGACGAAGUAUCGAUACACCCACAGCACCCCCGCCCUCGCUUUCAUUCCCCCGCUGGCAUAUAUACGUGCCGGACACUCCGGACUCUGGACCCUCGCCUCUCUCGCGAUGCGACUACGCCCAGAUCAGUGAAGGUCUCUUCGAUUUACCGUCGACCAGGCUCGUGGGCGUCCGUGCGCUCUACACUGCAGCCGACCGCGAAGGCAUAUAG